AUGGCGGAAUAUCCGGUUGAGUACAAUGGCACCAUUGCGACUGGUGGUGACUCCCUCCAUGAGGACCUGAACAUCUACUACAGUUCCGGCGAUAUCGCAUGGGUACUUAUUUCAACAGCCCUAGUGUUGCUUAUGAUUCCUGGAGUUGGAUUCUUCUACUCCGGCCUAGCCCGCCGAAAGUCGGCGCUGUCAUUGAUAUGGCUUUCCAUCAUGUCUGUUGGGGUAGUUUCAUUCCAAUGGUUCUUCUGGGGUUAUUCUCUAGCUUUCUCCCACUCAGCUGGCAGCUACAUUGGUAAUCUUGACAACAUUGGCUUCAAGGAUGUUCUGGGUGCACCGUCUGUGGGAAGUUCCAAGAUUCCCGAUCUCCUGUUUGCUAUCUUCCAGGGCAUGUUCGCCGCAAUUACGGUUGCUCUCGCGGUCGGCGCCGUUGCUGAACGUGGCCGUAUGCUCCCUUGCAUCAUCUUCAUGUUCAUUUGGACUACUAUUAUCUACGAUCCCAUCGCCUGCUGGACAUGGAAUUCAUCAGGCUGGGUCUUUAAUCUCGGAGGACUAGACUUUGCUGGUGGUACUCCCGUCCACAUUGCCUCUGGAUCCGCUGCCCUCGCCUACUCCCUGAUGCUGGGCAAGCGUCGAGGCCAUGGUACCCACGAGCUCAACUAUCGCCCUCACAAUGUGACUCAUGUUGUUAUUGGCACUGUAUUCCUAUGGGUUGGCUGGUUUGGAUUCAAUGCAGGCUCUGCUCUCUCUGCCAAUCUCCGCGCAGUCAUGGCUGCCGUUGUCACUAACAUUGCUGCCUCCGUUGGAGGUGUUACCUGGUGUCUGCUAGACUACAGACUAGAGCGCAAGUGGUCGACCGUUGGCUUCUGCUCUGGUGUAAUUGCUGGUCUUGUUGCCAUUACUCCCGGCUCAGGCUAUGUCACUCCGUGGGCAGCCCUUAUUUUCGGCGUCGUCGGCGCUAUCUCUUGCAACUAUGCCACAAAGCUCAAGUUCCUGCUCGGUGUCGAUGAUGCUCUUGAUAUCUUUGCUGUCCACGGCAUCGGCGGUAUAGUUGGAAACCUUCUGACUGGUCUUUUCGCUGCUGACUACAUUGCGCAUUUGGACGGUGCUACCGAGAUCGACGGCGGCUGGAUCAACAAAAAUUAUAUCCAGCUCGGAUACCAGCUUGCUGAUUCUGUCACUGGAUUUGCCUAUGCCUUCGUUGGAACUUGCAUCAUUCUCUUCCUCAUGAACCUCAUUCCCGGCCUCAGCCUGCGCGCGCCCGAGGAAGAUGAGAUUAUGGGCAUUGAUGAUGCGGAAAUUGGCGAGUUUGCUUAUGAUUAUGUCGAAAUUACUCGAGAUAUCGUCAAUGGUGUGGAAAGCUCCGAGACUGGCUCUAAGCGCACAAUGACUCCCACUCGUGAAGUUGACACCAAGGCAUAA